GCGAGAGCAGUAGAGGGCGGAAGCGCAGUCUGUGCAGGAUGAGUUUACGGGUUGUGUUCGUCUUGCUGAGCUUCGCAGCGGCGGGCUCCACGCAGCCCGCUUCUUUGCCAGUCUACUCAGCAGUCGCUCCGAGGACAAGUCCGGCUUCUACAAGAGACUCCAAGCUCACGUUGAGCCUGCAGCCUGAGCAACAACACAGUGACAGACCCCCUCUGAAUCAGAGUACCACGAAAGCCGUCCCUGGCAGUUCGGAACCCGAGCUGCAGCACACGAAUGACCGCCUUGGCAAUUCCUCCAGAGACCAGUCCACCAAGUCGGUCUCCAGCCCCUCUUCUGAUAACAAGGAGCCCACCAAGUCCGAUUUAAACACAGUAACUGACAAAGCUCUGCAGCCUUCCAGAACUGAAUCUGGGGGAAAAGUAUUGCUAGACUCUGACCGCUCUUCUACCCAGCAGGAGGGAGGAGGUAAGUCUUUAGAACCACCUGAAGAUGAGGAGCCCAAGGAGACUGAGGAAGGGGAUACAGAGCCUGAAGAGGGUGCACCGCCCAAAGACGACAAAGAAAUGCCUGGCCCUGCCUCCAGUGAGAACCGUGGAAGCACAGUUUUGAAUUCCCGGAGUAGGGAGAAGGGUGACCGUUAUAAGGAUAAUCUUGGAAGUUCCAGUGCAGAGAGCAGCCACUUCUUUGCAUAUCUGGUGACAGCAGCCAUUCUCGUUGCUGUCCUCUAUAUUGCCUACCACAAUAAGCGGAAGAUUAUUGCUUUCGUCCUGGAAGGAAAAAGGUCCAAAGUUACACGGCGGCCAAAGGCCAGUGACUACCAGCGUUUGGACCAAAAGAUUUGAUUUUUCUGUUCUUGAGAACCUUGUCCUCCCUGCUGAUUUGUUUCUAAAUCAAGAAAAAGGAAGAGAAAACUACUGUGACCUAAGAGACACACCCCCUCCUCUAGGGUUUGGUGGCAAGUCGGGGCUGGCAGAGGCAGGGGGGAUUGCUUUGGGUUUUGCACCUGCACUUUGGCGAACUUGUCCUCCUGUGUUCCCGUUAUUUAUGCUGGUGUCUUCCAGCCUGUCCCCCUGAGUGUGAGUAGGGAAGCAUGUGGGCGUGCCCAGCUGUGACCAAAGGGAGACCUCAGCCCUGGGCAGGUGACUGCUGCUGACUGCCCUCCCUCGGGUCUUGGCCCUGUCGUAAAGUUAGCCCUUGAAAACAGCGUUGCACUCGCCACUACUUACCUUCGCGGACCUAGGAGAAAACUACAGGCUGUGGUCCGUUUCUACCAAGGCCUCUCCCUUUGCGGGGAUGUGCCCUACAAAAGAUGUAGACUGUAGUGAAUGCUGAUGGGCAAAGGGCUCCUUUGAACACGAUUCUCUUCAAAGGCUUCAGCAGCAAACCAAAACUGCAGCUGAAAAACAUGCUUUACUGCCUGCGAGUCCAGCCUGCCUAGUGCAAGCUCUUCAUGUUCUUCUGACAUUUUCAUAUUAUUUAAGACGAAGUGAAGCCACUUCCAUUUAGUUGUACUGAGCAGAAAACUGAACUUGGGGGUUCUGGGAGGAAAGCUGUAAAGCCACUACGCCCAUCACAGAUGUUUUAAAAAUCACAGUUACGAUUAUUGAAACAUUGUGUUCAUCCCUACUCACCAUCAUUACAGAAACUUUUUGAAGGAGGGUGAGUUCAUGCCUUGGGGAAGAAAGCAAGGACUGUUUGGUUUGGGUCUAAAAAUUUCGAAGGGCUUUUAUGAAACACGUUUCCCACAAACUCUAUUUUGCCUUUGUUGCCUAAAAUAGACUUACAUUUACAAACUGACUAUACUCCCUCCUUUACCUGAAUCUAGUUAAUGGUCCUCUUAUCUGAUAAAAAAUGCCAAGGCUAAUUAGUAAAAAUUCUCCUUCUGUCCCAUGUCAGGGGUUAUUAAAAUUUAAGAAACUCAGGGGACUUCUCUGGUGGUCCAGUGGUUAAGACUCCGUGCUCCCAAUGCAGGGGGCCCGGGUUCGAUCCCUGGUUGGGGAACUAGAUCCCGCAUUCUGCAACUAAGACCCAGUGCAGCCAAAUAAAUGAAUAAAUAUUAAAAAAAAAAAAAAAAGAAACUCAGAGAGUUCCCCUGACAUAACGGAGGGUAGUGUUUUGGAUCAGCUUAUUGUUUUAUUUAAAUCUGUUCUAGUUGUGCUACCCUAUUAUCAAGAGCCUAAAGAGAGUUGUUUCUGGGGGAAAAAAAAAAAAAAAACAAACUGAAAGAGAA